GUGAGGUGCGCGGCUCGCUGCCUCACUCAGUAUCUCAGUCUUCUGGCGACGUUGGUGGCGCGUGGAUUCGGUCCCCGCGCUCCGGGCCUCCUGCCGUGCCUGUGUACCGUCCCGCCCCGCACACUGGCACUGACUCGCUCGCGGAACGUCGGGCCGCGAGGUGCCGUCCGUUGUUGUUGUUAGAUAAGAGUGUCACGACGCCAGACUCGUGGACGAGUGGAAGUUUUGUACGUUGUGAGUCUGUCAAGACCUGAACGUCCUUGUGCAGUGCCGCCGUGUGUGCCGCUGCCCGGGCACCCGCAGGAGGGAGGAGCGCCGCCAGUAGCCCCGCGCCGCCCACCUGGAGGCAAGGCAGCGCGAGUGACGUGGGCGGUGCGGGCGUGGCGCGGGCUGGCCACCGUAUAAGGCAGUGGGCCAAGCUCGUCGCACCUGCUCACUCAGGAUGCCGGCCAGCGUCAGCAGCAGCAAGGGGGGCUCGGGGGGCAGCGGCGGCGGCGGCUAUGGUAUCGUCUCGUCGCGUCACUUCGAGUCCGGCCCCCCGCCCUCCAAGAUGCAGCUGUGCACGAUGGACGACGGGGAGGUGUACGAGACGGUGAAGGAAGAGGAGUGGCUGACGCGGAAGAAGGUGACAACCACGACCACCAAGAACAUCGAGACGCGCACGCAGCGGGAGGUGAUGCUGGAGGACGGCGAGGUGGUGGACGACUCGGGGCCGCUCGUCACCACGGACUGCACGGAGAACACGGUCACGAACGAGGUGGUGGCCGACGAGCACCUGACGCCGGAGGGACAGGAGGGGGCAGCGCUGGAGGCCCCGGGCGAGGACUGGGUGCCCGUGGGAGGCGCCGUUGUGGUGUCGGAGAAGAAGGAGCACAUCGUCAACUCGCACCAGGUGGCCGAGAACAGGAAGGAGACGGAGGAGGUGGUGCAUGUGGGCGACGUCAGCAACCAGGAGGUAGAGGACCACAAGGAAGGGAAGGCGGACCUGCGAGCCCUGACGGAGGCGCGGCAGGAGAGGGGCUGGGAGGUCGCGCGUCCGGAGAAGCGCGUCGUGCAUGAGUCCACGAAGAAGUGGGGCGCCGUGGACACUGAGGACGUCCACGAGACCAGCCGCAUCCAGGACGGCCAUGUGGUGACGGAGACGGAGCGCACCACACAGCACGAAGUUUACGAGAACGAGUCACUGCCGGAUUCGGGGUCUUCGCUGAGUGACGGGUCGGUGCACGAGGAGGCCCGCGAGACGCAGCACAACAUUGUCCACACCAAGGACGAGGACCUGGUCGAGUACUACGGCGUCCCUCGCGGCGGCACACUCGCACAGGGCGUCAAGCUUGGCGAGGGGAUGCACGUCGUGAGUGAGGACUUCCACGAGGACCGGGAGGGCCAGGACCUUGACUCCCUGAGCGAGAGGCUCCGUCGUGGCCGCCGGCUUGGUGCCCUCAAGCCCAAGCCUCGAGACCCCGCAGAGCGGACGGACGCCAUCACGCGGCGACCACUCGACUAUCACCAGGAGGAGGAGACGCGCAAGACAGAGACCAAUCGCUGGCUGGAAAACCACUUCGGCAGCGAGUCAGGCCGCUCGGGUAGUUCUCACCACGAGGACGACAGCGCCGUUCAUACAGCAGGCGGCAACGUUAUCACCAUCACCAUGAGUCCGCGUCCAGCCACCCCCGAAGACGUGCCUGACGCUGCGCCCUCAGGCAUGCGUCACUGGGACUCUCCCGCCGCGCCAAACUAUUCCCGCAGCACCCACAAGGCCCCGCCGCCCCCUCCACCCCCUAAACCAACCUCUUCGUGGAACUCCCCCGCCGCUGCCUCCCCCCGCCAGCAGCCUCCUCCCAGUGAGGAAAUCACGGACACCAUGAUAGCCGCAGCGCGAGCAAGGCUGAGGUCAACGGGCCGCAUCCUGGACGACAGUGAGAACAACAGCACCCCGCCCAUGAGCCCCGGGGCCACCAAUGGCGUCAGGUUCAGCGGCCAGCAAGAAAGGGUGCAGGUCCUGCCGUCAUCUCCGGCUUCCUUCCCCUCACCUCCCAUCUCGCCUGUCUCGCCCACAGGCCGCCCCGCUGACGACCCAGUUUUCAGCAGCAGGUUCAGGUCAGGCAGCCCAAGUGGAUACGUCUCGACGCGGCUCUUCUCCACGCCCUCCCGCGGCUCCCGGCAGGAGCGCUCCCCAUCGGACAGCCCGCCGCCGCCCUUGCCUGCCACGCCACCACCCACGCAAAGCAACAACGUGGGCAGGUCACAGUCAUUCAACGUCACCAAUAAAAACUGGGUGAGUAGCGGCUCCAAGACUUUGUACUCUCGACCCCUGAACUCCAGAAUGAAGGAGUUCAGGAGUGAGGAGCAGCUGGAUGACGUAGGCCACAGGCCACAGCGCCGCUGGUCGCCUCCGCAGAGGGAGGUGUCCCCUGAACCCCCGAGGGAGGUUACACCACCCCCGCCCCCUCGCACACGCAACUCACACACCAACUACGCCCACUACAACACUGCACCCAGCAGGUCAUCCAGAAGUACCAGAACAACCGAGAUAGCAACGCAAACCAUCGCCCGGGAUUCUGCCACCCAGACGGCACUCUCCCCCGUGCCGCCGCCACGCACCAAACGCAAGAACAAGCCCAAGACCUACUAUUUCGGCCAAGACUCAACACCUUCCAUCUCUCCACUGAGGUCAACGUCCAGGGCUCCCAUCACGACCUCCACGUCCACCACGUCGUACACCAGCACACGACGACACAACCAGUCAUCCCCCAAGGUGGAGCGGCGGUUCCGAACCACCAAAACCAUCACUCCCGUGGUGGUACCUGCCACCACUCAUGGCAACGAGGACAAGCUCAAGAAUCGCUCGUGGCAUUACCGCAGCAUGGACGAGUUAAGCACAGGUGUUGACUCCGCUCCGAGGGCCUCGUGGACUAACACCAUCGACCCCCGCCGAAAGCCUCGCCAAUAUUCCCAUACACCCAAGGAACCAGAGACUCAGACGCUCCCGAAGAAGAUGUCAAACGGCACUGCGUCCCCCAGCAGGACUUACAUCUUCGGUAGCGACAGCCCCAGCCGGAGGGACAUGGGGAGUCGAUCUUCCAACUCUCACCUGCAGAGGUCCUACGGCGGCUCGAUGCUGAACGUGUCCCUCGCCAGCAUGUCAUCACCGAAGAGCACCUACACGACGGAGCUGCGGGACAAGUCCCCGCCUCGCUCCACGCGGCCUGUCCUCAGGAGCCACAGCCUCAACAUCAAGCCGGCACCUCUCAAAACCAAUGGCUCCCCCACGGAACCUUCGCCCGUCACCACCAGCCUUUCCAACACUCAGCGAACAUCUUCCAUGUACCGCUCGUCGCCUUACAUCAACCUCAGGAGCCCCAACCUCAUUGCUACCAUCGCUCGCUCUAACUCCACCCGCAGGACAGACUCUUACGAGGAGGAGGACCCACAGGAGCGCAUUGAGUCGCCUCCUCCUGCUGAACAUCAUCGCAGCACGCACAGCACCUCACAGCAUACCUCCCGCUCCACUUCCUCCUACACCAACAGAAACACCAACUCGCACAGCAUCAACAAUAAUAACAACACCAGGAAUGCCAAUGGCAACCUGAACCACAACAGGAAUGGCCCGACCACCAAUGGAGACAACAACGGUGAGGACAAGCGGAACAGGUUCAUGAAGGGCCUUCUCACUACGGCGCCAGAACUUUACCAAUUGUUGCACGGCGACGAGGACGGCAAGAAGAAAGAGGAGACAGGCAAGGGCGGUCACUCACCCCCCGAGUCCCCGCCGCAGCUCAUCCGUCCUCCAGGUUCUCCCCUCACCUCCCCAUCUGCCAAAUCCCCGUCUGCCACGGCUCCACGGAUUUUCACCUUCGGAAGGGGGGAGGCGGGCUCUGUGAAACGAUCACCCUCGGCCCCUCAGGAGAACAACAACCGCUUCAGUAGCCUUGGACGCCAGAACGAUGGCCAGCCCAGGAAUUCGCUGAGCGGCAGCAGGGAUAACCUCAGCAGCACUCCACAACGGAACAGCCUCACGUCACAGUACCAUCGUCAAGCGCAGCUUUCCAACAGCAGUUCUGGCGUUGCUACCAACUCCCUCAACCGUCCAAAGUUCAACCUUAAGUCUUCAGGCGGCGGGUCACUCCUCUACUCCAGCUCCUUCCGUAACAGGGCAGAGCAGCAGCAGCAGCAGCAGCAGCAGCAGCAACAGCACCAGUCCACUCUGGCCUCGCGGCGCGGCUCGGACCCACGAGACCAUAAGCCUCACUCUACCCCCAGCUGGCGGGAUCACUCUGACGUGGGCGGGAAGCACCAGGGUAACGUCACUUCAAACCUGACGCGGGACGGCGCUGUCCUCAUCCCCAUCAGGGACUGGAACAGCCGCUGAGCUCGCCGUCCGUGUGACUUUAUUCAUGUUUGGUGAAGUUGUCCUGGGGUUAACCCUUCAUGUAUAGAUAACCAUUAUGUUCUUGAGUAUGUAUACAAUAGGACAAAGUAUAUAUGGUAAUGAGGAAGAGGAGGAAGUUAAAGCUUUACAUAUACCAGGUGUCUCUUCGAGCACUUGGGGACCUCAGCCACCACUGAUCGCCCAGGUGUGCCUCACGUGGGAUCACUAAUAGGAAUCAGCUGCUCAUGAGUGUGAGCAGCUGCACUCGAUUAUCCCAUGUUGGGGUGAGGGUCAAGCAAGGUGUGCUCGCAGCUCUCCCGGCCUCGCCCCAGUGUGAGCUGUGGUAGAGCUCGGCCAGUCAGCCUAUGUGAAGCUAUAGUUCAUGUGCCAUAACCCGGGGGUAAGAGGGAGUGAGGGAACCCUCGUGGGUGUGGCGGUGGUGGUGGUGGUGGUGCGGCCAAAGACUGUAUGGUAUGUGUGUGUUGUUGUCACUGCAAUCUUUGGUGCUGCGUCUCGGUCGUGGGCCGUCAACGUCUCACCACAGCUAAUGCCGUUACUGGAGCUUCAAGGGGCGAGGGGCGGCGACCGGCGAGGCACCACCAGCCCUCCGCCCCAGCGCUUCACUAACACGGGUGCCCCGGUCAAGCAGUUGUCGGGCCCCGCGGCUGCUCUGUUCUCCGCUGCCACCAGUGUGAAUGUCAAAUGUACAUACUUCAUGUAAUUAACUCAGCCAAUCAGAAAAUGUAUUGAGCAAAGAGUAGGUUAUGUAUAAUGUUAAGGUAAGAGCUGAAUAUUAUGUAUAGCAUGAGAGGAAAGAGUAACUAUUCCCUGUGUAACCUAAUGGAACGCUCCGGUGAGUUUAACUUGUCAUAGAAGGUGUUGUGUAUCGAUAUAUUACUAAUACGUCUUCCAUAUUUACAAUACACGUAUAAAUUAAACCGAGGUAGAAAGUGUUGAAGGGAAAGGAGAGCGGCGCCAAGGGAGUCCCCUGAGUGGCGCCCGCACGGCUCGGGCUCCGCAGUGUUGUUUUCCUGCUUCACUAACAUGAGUUCUUAGUCCAAUACUGCAUCUUCAGGUGAAAUAAAUAUGCAUUUCCGUGUAUUGAUUUUGUACCUCUAUAAUUAAACUAUGCAACUUA